AUGCGUAGUGAGCGAGAUUGUGAAGGUGCAGGCGACGUGGGGCGCGUGGGUGGGCAACAUCAACGGCACCACUGCUUGCUCUGCGUGGCCGGGCGUGACAUGCAGCCCCAACGGACUGGUCAUCUCAUUAUUCCUGUGCAUCACCUGUUUCUGUUCUGGAUGGGAUGGACUGCCGUGGCGGUGGAUGGCAGCGCCGCCAUACCCACCUCCAUCACCAACCUCGCUGCUCUGCAGUACCUAGCCAUGGGAGCAGACGGCAGCCAGCUGACUGGCACCUACGAGGGACUGGCCUGGCUCUCCUCCCUCUCCAACCUGCAAUCGCUUGAUUUGUCGUUCCUGCGGGCCUUGGAAUUCCCUGCCUGGGUGACUCACCUCUACAACCUUCAGUGUCUCAACGUGAAUGGGGAUGAGCCGCGGUGGCAGGGGCUGUUGUCUGAUGACAUCUCGCACCUCACCGCACUCACGAGCCUAUCUCUCUUUGGAAACAACCUGGAGGGAUACGUGCCUAAGAGCUUCUCAUCUUUCCUGAACCUGCAAUACCUACACCUCUCAUUCAACUAUCUGUCUGGUUCCAUCCCCCGUGCCUUCACCACCAACAUCCAAAGCAUCCUGGCGUGUGAGGGAGCGAUGGAGCUGUGCGAGGUGACCUUUGCGUACCCCUCGCUGGCCGACUUAAGUGGGGGAGCGAGGUACGCAGCUGUCGGGGGGCAGAAGCAGCGCGUGACAAUCGCGCGGGCGAUUUUGCGGAAUCCGCAGGUGGUGCUGCUGGACGAGGCGACGUCGGCUUUGGACGCGAAGAGCGAGCAGGCGGUGCAGGCUGCGCAUCAUGCGCUCAUGGGCGCACGCACCAUGCUUAUCGUCGCCCAUCGCCUCUCCGUGCGCCGCGCGCACUUCAUCGCCGUGCUGCAGCGAGGGCACGUCGUGCAGACCGGCUCGCACGAGGCUCCAUUCUAG